AUGUCCCUUCUUCAAGAGGAUAAUACUCCUAAUCCCAAUUUAACAGCAACAGGAGUAGUAGAUGCAAAGCCUUCCGAAUAUACAAUGGCCAUCAUGAAGGCUCAUCCGAGAAAAUUAAUGUUCUACUGGUUGAGUUGCUUGUUGAAAUUUGCCUUGUCUAUGGUUGUCUUUGCUGUGGCCAUUAAUACAUUUAUUGCCUUGUCUGAUGCUGAUGAAUUGGAAAAGUAUGACGAGUCUCUUUCAAAGAAAUUACAAAUUUUCAUGGUGAUUGUUUCGAUUAUUAAUUUAUUGACUGCUGUAUUCAUGAUGAUUGGAUCGAUUGGAGGAAUUAUUGCCAGUUUGUAUCCAGGAUCUUCAAAUCCACAAGAUUCUACUUAUUUACAUGGAAGUUCUGCUGUGGGAGAUUUUGGUGCUUCUUUGGGUGCAAUUUUGACACGGGCUGAACAAAAUCAGUAUAAUCCAAUUUAUAUUUCAAAGGCUUUACGUUUGGCUAAUUUACGUUUCUAUUGUAGUAUUGUUUGGUUUGUUUGUUCCAUUUUGGCAGUUGUCUUUCAAGUGAUUAGAAUUAUUUUGAGUGCUGUUGGUAUUUCUGUUAUGCAUGUCAUGAUUGAAAGAUACAAGUCAAUGCCAGAGUUGAAUAUUGAAGCUGAUUAUAUCAUUUUAAUCUUGACUGCAUUGUUUGCUUUGAUUUUCUGUGUGCCAUUCAUUGGUUGUAGCUUUGUUGUCAUGUUGAGAAUUUUAAAUUUGAGAAGACAAUUGAGCAAACAACAAGAUAUUGUCAGAGAUUGUGUGAAUGAUGAAAUUGAACAUGCUUCUAAUGAAUUGGAGGAAAUGAAUUAA